UGGAUAAGGUAGCCCAGAGCUAGGUAGACAGCUAGAGAAUGCAGAUACUAGCUUCUCUGAGACUGGACAUCCACUUGCCAUAUAGAAUGCCUACCUAUUUACUCCAUACUACGUGGCCCAUACGUAUGACAUGGCCAGAGCCUCAGUUGUACCUCACAGGAGUUGGCCAGCCGAGGAUAAACAGAUCCCCUCCGCAACCUUGGCCCCCCAUCCCCAUCCCCAUCCCGAAACAUGUUUUUGUGCAUCUCGCAUGACCCUGCCAGCUGGCAGCUCAUCAAAAGGGUUUCUGAAGGAUGAGGGUUUUCCCACUGACCGCCUUUACAUCACAAGGGGACGAUCUGUGGGUAAAAAGUAAACAGAUCCCCCAAGCAACAUGGGGGGGGGGGGGGUUGAUGCCC